UAGCUCCGUGCUGCUUGCUAAAGGUCAGGCACCUCCCUAUUGACACAAGUUUUUCUUACACCUCAGUUUCAUUUCUGCUUCUUGGAACUGCAGUUUGACACAAGUGAAAUAACAGAAGAAAUUGCUUUGUGAAAAGAAGAUCUUGCUACAAGACCCAUGUACCAACACUAGAGUGUGCACCUCAUUGGAAUUAAUAGUUGUGCAUGUCAUCAGUACGCAGAUAUGCUUCUGUAUACGUGAAGGACAGUGGUGUGUACAAAAACUAAUGCAUUAACAACACGAGUUACAAAAGAAUCUUAAGAUAAAACCUUAAAACAACAUAAAUACGACUGUGCAAAGUCUACACCAACUUUAAGAAUUUACAGAGAAUCUUAAUAACUCCUUAUAACAGACACAUCAAGGGUCACCUGGAAGUUUUUUUUUAAUAAAAUAAUUACUGUAUUAUCUAAACAUAAAAAGAGCUGCAGGUGAUAUUUGUAUAAAAUGGAUGAACAACUUGAGAGAGAUAAAGAAGCAGGUAAUAAACUCAUGAGAGACAAUGAGAAGCUAAGUAAUCCUUUUCUGGAAAAUAAAACUGAGGAACAUCAACAAAUAUCAGAUGAACAACAUGAGAGAGACAAAGAAGAAGCAGAUAAUAAGCUUUGUCCAGUAAAUAACCCUGAUGAACAUCAACAAGUAGCAGAUAAACAACAUGAGAGAGACAAAGAGGAAGCAGGUAAUAAGCCUUGUCCAGGACAUAAGCCUGAGAAACAUCAACAAGUAGCAGAUAAACAACAUGAGAGAGACAAAGAAGAAGCAGGUAGUAAGCCCUGUCUAGGAAAUAACCCUGAGGAACAUCAACAAGUAUCAGAUAAACAACAUGAGAGAGACAAAGAGGAAGCAAGUUUUAAGCCUUUUCCAGGAAAUAACUCUGAGGAACAUCAACAAGUAGCAGAUGAACAACAUGAGAGAGACGAAGAGGAAGCAGUUAGUAAGCCUUGUCCAGGAAAUAACCCUGAGGAACAUCAACAAGUAGCAGAUGAACAACAUGAGAGAGACAAAGAGGAAGUCGGUAAUAAGCCUUGUCCAGAAAAUAAACCUGAGGAACAUCAACAAGUAGAAGAUGAACAACAUGAGAGAGACAAAGAGGAAGUCAGUAAUAAGCCUUGUCCAGAAAAUAAACCUGAGGAACAUCAACAAGUAGCAGAUGAACAACACAGGAGAGACAAAGAGGAAGUCGGUAAUAAGCCUUGUCCAGAAAAUAAACCCGAGGAACAUCAACAAGUAGAAGAUGAACAACAUGAGAGAGACAAAGAGGAAGUCGGUAAUAAGCCUUGUCCAGAAAAUAAACCUGAGGAACAUCAACAAGUAGAAGAUGAACAACAUGAGAGAGACAAAGAGGAAGUCAGUAAUAAGCCUUGUCCAGAAAAUAAACCUGAGGAACAUCAACAAGUAGCAGAUGAACAACACAGGAGAGACAAAGAGGAAGUCGGUAAUAAGCCUUGUCCAGAAAAUAAACCCGAGGAACAUCAACAAGCAGAAGAUGAACAACAUGAGAGAGACAAAGAGGAAGUCGGUAAUAAGCCUUGUCCAGAAAAUAAACCUGAGGAACAUCAACAAGUAGAAGAUGAACAACAUGAGAGAGACAAAGAGGAAGUCAGUAAUAAGCCUUGUCCAGAAAAUAAACCUGAGGAACAUCAACAAGUAGCAGAUGAACAACAAGAGAGAGACAAAGAGGAAGCAGGUAAUAAGCCAGGGAGAGACCAUGCUAAGUUGCCAAGUAUAGUUGUUCAGAUAAAUAAACAUGAUGAAAAACAUGAGAGAGACAAAGAAGCAGGUAAUCAGUCUGUAAGACACAAUGAUGUGCUGCAAAGUAAGUCUUGUCUGGGAAAUAAACCUGAGGAACAUCAACAAAUUGCUGAUGAACAACAUAAGGGAGACAAAGAAGUAGAUAUUCAGCCUGUGAGAGACCAUAAUGAACUGCCAAGUACGAUUGUUCAGAGAAUUAAACCCAAGAUACACCAACAAAUAGCGGAUGAACAACAUGAAAGAGACAAAGAAGAAGGAAGUAUUCAGCCCGGGAGAGACCAUGCUGAGCAAAUAUCGGAUGAACAACAUGAGAGAGACGAAACAGUAGAUAUUAUAAAUGACAAUGAAAAGGGGCAAAACCUUGUUCAUAGAAAGAGAGGAAAGGAAAAUCAGCAAAAAUUGGAUGAACAACACAACAAAAAAGAAGCAGGUUUUCAGCCUGUACGUGACCAUGAAUUAGAGACUGAUGUUGAUUCAAGAUGGAAUACAAAGAUCAUCUGGACAUUGGUGCCUGUUUUAUUGUCGGUGAUCUUGAUAUUGUUCUAUCUUUGCUCUACAUCGUCUGUCAUUAACAACCCCUCGGUGCUGCAGAUUUUCCAGCAUGAAAUUGAGAAUCUCAGAAGAGAUUUUCCCGAUCAGACUGAUGCUCUGUGGCUGAGAAGUCAGAAGAUACUGCAGAAACAUCUGAAUAAGUCUAAUCCGCUGGAACCUGUAACUCUCAUCCUCACCGCGGCCAGAGAUGCAGAAAUAACCUUGCGUUGCUUAAGUGAACGUUUAGCGAGGGCAUAUUCUACCUCCCUUAACGCCAGCUACAUAGUGAUUGAUGGGCCUAGUAAAGCUGCUUAUGACAGCGCCGAUGCCAAACUACAGAUCGAUAUUGCUUUGAGCUCAGCCUUUCAGUCCACGUCUCGGGCGGCUGUUUUGCAUCGAAUAGAAGAGUUACCUGCUGGCUCUUUGCUCAUUCUCUACAAAUACUGCGACCAUGAAAAUGCCGCCUUUAAGAAUGUGACCUUGAUUCUCACCGUGUUGUUGGAUAAGCCCACACUAGAUCUUGGGUUAUCUCUCACUGAAGUGGAGGAGCAAGUUCGAGACUUCCUGUGGGAAAAAUUUGCUAACUCAAAUCGUGUUGGCAACCACAAUGAGAUGAAUGGGGACAAACUGAGCGGUGUAUGGAGCCGCAUUGCUCACCUGGUCUUGCCAGUAUUGCCCAUAGAAACCAUAGAGACUAAUAAUUGCCUUGAGGACAAGACAAAACAAGGCACAAAGGUGACUGGAUAGAAGAUAAAUCUUAGGCUCUUGCACUAAUAAAUGGUGUACCCAGGCAUUGUACUUCACUACUGGUGCCUUGUGGUGCAAACCUCACCCUCAGCUGAUUAUUUCGCCUUAUUCUUGCUCCUAGAGUUUUACAUUGGUUCAUUACUUUCAAAAUGAUUGUAUGAAGGAAUUAGAAUGAAGAUCUCAUUAUUGUAAAGGACACAAGGACAUUGUGAUUCAAAUGGAGUAACUAAUUAUUAUACAUAAAGCUGGUUAAGCACUCCAUAGUCAACAAAUCAAUGAGUUAUUCGAAUUAAAGAGAGACCAAACCCACAUUUGUUCUUUUAUGAAUUAGAUAGAGCAUAGCAUUUUAAACCACUUUCCAGUUUACUUCUAUUAUCAAAUUUGCUUCAUCAUUGUGGUAUCAUUUGUUGAAGGAGCAGCAAUACACUACUGUGAGCUAGCUGAGCAUAUCGGGUGAACUGAUUUAUUUUAAAAAUAAUAAUGUAACCACUGUGCACAAGUAUACAAAUGUAUCCUCUGCCAGUUCUGUAUCAGAACCAAUUUAUUUUGCCAAAUUUUUUUCUUCACUAAUUACCCUUUUGCCUAGAACAAAAUGUCCCAGUGCAUCCUGUAAAUGUAUAUGUGGUAUGAGGAUGCAUUGUGGUUCACACAUGUGCAGUCGAUGGAAGAAAUGUGGAAACCCUAUCCUCUUCCCUUAAAGGGACAUAAUACUCAUAUGCUAAAUCACUUGUAACUGAUGCAGUAUAACUGUAAAAAGCUGACAGAAAAAUAUCACCUGAGCAUCUCUAUGUAAAAAAGGAAGAUAUUUUACCUCACAAUUUCCUCAGCUCAGCAGAGUAAGUUCUGUGUAAAAAGUUAUACUCAGCUGCAGGUAAAAAAAAUGAAAAAUUAAGAAAUGAACAGCAGCCAAUCAGCAUCAGCAGUGCUGAGGUCAUGAACUCUUUUACUGUGAUCUCAUGAGAUUUCACUUAACUCUCAUGAGAUUUCAUUGUAAACUUCCUUAAGCUGAAUAAGGAAAUAAGAUGAGAGUGCAUGUAAGCUCGCUCCUUCCUCUGUCCCGGGGCAGACAUACUUUUUUGUUUAGAAGCCCUUUACAAUGGGAUGUGGCUACUGAGAAACUUUUGAGGUUAAAUAGCUUCCUUUUUUACAUAGAGAUGUUAAGGUGAUAUUUUCUAGUCAGCUUUUUACAGCUAUACUGCAUCACUUUGAAGUGUUUCAACAUUUGGGUAUUAUGGCCCUUUAAGGUGGUUUAGAAACCCUAUCCUCUUCCCUUAAGGUGCUUUAGAAACCCUAUCCUCUUCCCUUAAGGUGGUUUAGAAACCUUAUUCUCUUCCCUUAAGGUGGUUUAGAAACCUUAUCCUCUUCCCUUAAGGUGGUUUAGAAUCCCUAUCCUCUUCCCUUAAGGUGGUUUAGAAACCUUAUCCUCUUCCCUUAAGGUGCUUUAGAAACCUUAUCCUCUUCCCUUAAGGUGCUUUAGAAACCUUAUCCUCUUCCCUUAAGGUGGUUUAGAAACCUUAUCCUCUUCCCUUAAGGUGGUUUAGAAACCUUAUCCUCUUCCCUUAAGGUGGUUUAGAAACCUUAUCCUCUUCCCUUAAGGUGGUUUAGAAACCUUAUCCUCUUCCCUUAAGGUGGUUUAGAAACCUUAUCCUCUUCCCUAUAUAUUUAUAUCUGCACUUCCAUAUGCUAAUGUUUUUAUAUGACGCAUUCAUAUCCUUACAGAUUUACAGCCUAUAGGUUCCAAAAUGCAACCUACUACCUAUAAGUCACUGUUCAAACAUAUAUUGUAGAUUUCUGUCCUAAAAUAAUUUCCACAUCUAAACCACCUAGAUUCCUCCCCCUGCUGUUGAAUACAAUUACUAAAAAUGAAUAAUCUAAUUUGGAAGGAAAUAUGGCUGAGAAGACAGUGACGGAUCUAAACGCUAGUUCAUGAGAAAAAGUCAUUACUAAUUUAAGCUUUGUCCCCCUCUGGGUGGAGUGGAACAAGCUCAAUUUUCAGAGGUAUUUUAGAGCAGAAAUAGGGAACGUAAACUAUAAAUAUAUAAGAAAAUGUUCAUUCUUUAAAGGGCCAUUCUAAUGAAAGAAUUACAUUCUCUAAUUCAUUAUAAAAUGUAAUUUUAGCACUUAUAAUGUUCCAACUCUGUGUUUAACUAUGCAAAUCUGUUAAACACAUAGUUAAAGUAGUGCUCAGGCACUGCAGAGAACUGCUGGCUCCAAGUGUAAACUACCGGUGCUGGUUAGGGCAGCAACAGUUUCUGCCCUGAAUCAGCAGUACUCUGGAUCUCAAGCGGCACUUUAAAGGGACCUAAAACCCAAACAUUUUCUUUCAUGAUUCAGAUAGAGAAUACAAUUUAAAAAAAGUUUCCAAUUUACUUCUAUUAUCAAAUUUGCUUUGUUCUUUUGUUAUUCUUUGUUGAAGGGAUGUCUAGAUAGGCAUGCACAUGUCUGGAGCGCUACAUACAUAACAGGAAAUAGUGCUGCCAUCUAGUGGAAAGAAACAAGAAAACUAAGACAUUUUUAUAGUAGAACUGAAUUGAAAAGUUGAUUCAAAUUGAAUGUUCUAUCUAAAUCAUGAAAGAAAAUGUGGGGUUUUAUGUCCCUUUAACUAUGUAUUUAACCCCUUUGCAAAGGUUAAACACAUAGAGCUGGAGGAUCGCUAGUGUUAACAUUGCAUGCACUAAAUUACAGCAUUUAAUUUUUUCAUUCAAACGGCCUAAACAUUUUUUUUUUGGAGCAUUACAUUUUGCAGUGGGCACACACGGCAAAGGUAAGGCUGUAUGUUUUACACCAUAUGGACGAGCUGUUUAUCAUCAAGUAAGGAAUAAAGAGACUGUUAUUUUUAUAUCUUGCACAGAAAAUGACUAUUAAAACAAUGCUGUACCUGACUAUGUUGUUGUUGUUUUUACAUAGAAAUAUUCUUAACAACUAUUAUAAAAAGUAAUAUAAUCACAUAUUUAUAAAAGAUGCUCUCUUUCUGUGUUGAAUCUAUUUAAUCUUAUUAAAAUACCUGCCAUUAUAAAACAAUGAAACUGUAAAUAAAUCUAUUUUAUUGGUUGAUGGUCCUGUCCUUGUAAUGUGCACAACUAAUACUGGUAUUAGUUUAAAGGGACAGUAAAGUCAAAAUUAAACUUUCAUGAUUCAGUUAGAGCAUAUCAUAUUAUACAAUUUUCCCUUUUACUUCUAACACAUCUGCUUUGUUCUUUUGGUAUCCUUUGUUGAGUAAAGCUAGGUAGGCUUGGGAGGAGCAUUGCUCGAAGUUAGCUGGUGAUUGGUGACUGCACAUGUAUGUCUCUUGUCAUUGUCUCACCAGGUGUGCUUUUCAACAAAGGAUACCAAAAGAAUGAAGUUGAUUAGCUAAUUGUAGAAAUUGGAAAGCUGAUUAAAAUUGCAUUCUCUGUCUGAAUCCGGAAAGUUUAAUUUUGACUUUAGUGUCACUUUAAAUUUAAAUUGAAACAGCUUUUAUUUUUUUAUUUUUUCAGACAACAAUGCUUACAUGCUGCUAUUUCAUGUAGAUAAUAAAACAUGAAGGACUUAGAUGCCUAACUGCUCACAUUUACUACCCUGAAGAAUUCCUCCACCUGUUGCCUUUUAUCCAACCGCGGUUUAAACCCCUUAAUAAAAACAUAGAUACAGUGUUUUGUUGGAGAGGUCAGGCAUUUAUAAAUUAUCAGCCAAACUAUUGCAGAAUAAAUAUAAUUUCUUAUUAUAAAUAAUAAAAGAUUAUCACAGAUUCAUAAUUCAAAAUGACCACACAUGACGUUAGGGACCACACCCCGUCUGUAAUGGUGACACGGGUGAGGUUAUGGGUGAACCAGUUGCAUAGGGCGAUGCAACGGUUUCACCAGUAGACCACUAAGGAGCCCCCCGUAUGGAGUCCUAUCCUCCCCUUCCCUCUCCAAAACCAAUGCAAAUAUAGGACAGUGCAUCUGAAGAAUGUUUAAAGUGACACUGAGCCCAUUUUUUUUCUUUCAUGAUUCAGAUAGAGCAUGAAAUUUUAAGCAAUUUUCUAAUUUACUCCUAAUAUCAAUUUCUCUUCAUUUUCUUGGUAUCUUUUUUUGAAAAGGCAGGAAUGUAAGCUUAGGAGCUGGCUCAUAUUUGGUUUGGCACCUGGGUAGCGCUUGCAUAAUGUAGCCACCAAUCAGCAAGAGCUACCCAGGUGCUGAACCAAAAAUGAGCCGGCUCUUAAAGGGACAUUAUACACUCAUUUUUUCUUUGCAUAAAUGUUUUGUAGAUGAUCUAUUUAUAUAGCCCAUAAAGGUUUUUUUUUUUUUUUUUUUUUUAAAUGUAUAGUUUUGCUUAUUUUUGAAUACCAUUGCUCUGAUUUUCAGACUCUUAACCAAGCCCCAAAGUUUUAUGUGAAUACCGUCAGCUACCUUCUCCAGCUUGCUCCUGUUUGUGUAAAGGGUAUUUUCAUAUGCAAAAGAAGAGGGAGGGUCUUAUUUCCCACUUGCAGUGGGCUUUCCAGCUACCUUUUCAACUGAGCUAAACUGAGAGCUUCUAAGUAAGUUUUUAAACCGUUUUAUACUGGAUUUUUAUAUCAGUAUCUGUGCAUCUUAUUCUUUAUAGUAAUGUCUAUUACAUGCAGUUAUAUGGAAAUGAGUGUAUACUGUCCCUUUAAGCUUACAUUUCUGCUUUUUCAAAUAAUGAUACUAUGAGAACGAAGAAAAAUUGAUAAUAGGAGUAAAUUAGAAAGUUUCUUAAAAUUGCUGCUCUAUCUGAAUCAUGAAAGAAAACAAUUGGGUUCAGUGUCCCUUUAAAUACUGUAGUUAUUUACAGAUAAAAAUAAACAAAUGAUUAAACAAACAAAUAGCUAAAUGUCCAGUCCUGCUGUAUGUCAGGUACCUAUCAAUGUUAGUGCCGGCACUACGGUUCCUAUAACAUUCACAAUCUGUCCAAGAAAUAAACAGAAAGAUCCCUAUUGGGCAAUGUCCAGAAUCCCUCCAAUAAGAGAGACAGAGAUAGUUCAAUUCAGUGGAUCCCUCAAUGGGAUAAGCAACAUCCAAUGUUAAAACUUGUAUAAAAUAAAAAAUAAAAAAAAUAGUGCAAUAUGUAAUGUACAAACAGUAACCCAACAUUGAUUAUAAAGUAUGUGGUUAUGUUAUUGUCUCUGGGUGUGAACUAUUACAACAGUUUGUUUGCCAGAGGCCCUGGUGUUGGAUUACUCAUCCGUAGUGUAAUUGUUUUGUAUCGCUGUGAAAUAAAGAAACCUUAUACAUUUA